AUGGGAUUUCGAAAGACAUCUCACCUCUUCGCCACAUUGGCCUCAGUGGCUUCUGUUGCCGCGCACGGCCACGUUAAAAACAUCAUUGUCAACGGCGUGUCAUAUCGCAACUACAUACCUGUCCAAGAUCCUUACAGUAGCAACCCGCCUCUUGUCGCCGGAUGGGCUGCGGAUCAACGUGACAAUGGAUACGUCGACCCUACUGCGUAUGGCGAGCCAAAUAUUAUCUGCCACAGAAGUGCUGUUUCUAGUAAAGCUCGCAUUACGGUCGCUGCCGGAGAUACCAUCCAUCUACAAUGGACCGAAUGGCCCGAUAGUCACAAAGGACCAGUCAUGGAUUUCCUUGCCAACUGCAACGGUCCAUGUGACGCAAUCAGGAAGGAAGACUUGCGAUUUUUCAAGAUCGACGGUGCUGGCCUCAUUAACCCCCCUCAGCAAACGAACAGAUGGGCAGCCAGUGUGCUGAUCGAUAACGGAAACGCCUGGCUUGUCCGAAUUCCUCCCAACAUCGCACCGGGCCAUUACGUCCUCCGUCACGACAUCAUUGCUUUGCACAGCGCCAACCAGCCUAAUGGAGCACAGAGCUAUCCCCAGUGCAUCAACCUGGAAAUCACAGGCCAAGGCACUGACAACCCCCCCGGGAUUCCCGGCACCGCUCUCUACAAUUCAAAUGAUCCCGGCAUCUUAUACAACAUCUACCGGGACAGACUUAAUGACUAUGUCGUUCCUGGCCCCUCGAUCAUCUCUGGCGGAGUCUCCAUGCUAUCUCAGAGUAGGCUUACCUUCACUUCCGAAGGUAGCGCUACACCUUAUAGCACUACUUACGCGAGCUCAUCGGCUCGUGCCACCAGCAACGCAGCGGUUUCCAGCUCCAAGGUUGUCGUCAGUUCCUCUGACCCCGUAGAGCCGACCAGCAGAGUUACCGAUGGUAACAACCCCUCCGCCAGCAUUGAUGUCCCUCCAAAGACACCCACGCCGACCACUCUUCGAACUGUCACCGACUCUCCGCCAGCGACUACGAACCCUCCAUCUCCGGCGCAAGUCACCCAGGCUCUCUACGCACAGUGUGGCGGCAGAGGCUAUAACGGCCCGACGCUAUGCCUGCCCUAUGCUACCUGCUCCUUUGUAAACGAAUGGUACAAGCAGUGCGUACUGGCUCCUGCUAACGGAGGACUACCAUUGUACAGCCAAUGCGGUGGACAUGGGUAUACUGGUCCUACCGAAUGUGUUACUGGCGCACGGUGCCAUGUUGUCAACCCUUAUUACUCUCAGUGCCUUCCAUGA